UCAUACAGUACGCGCAGCCGAGCGGCUGAGCCACGGGGAGGAGUAAAAAAAUAGUGAAGCCUCGUCGGCGGCUCUGUCCUUCCACGCCGAAUCCUAACCCACCAUUAAUGGCCUCAGCUCGAGCUCGAGUACUCCUAGUAGGAGUAUAUGGCAAGGGGGCGGCACGCGCGAGCCGCCGUUCCUAAGAUUGCGCGGCUUCCAUCUCCUCCCGGCCCGAGGAUCCGAGGGGACGCGCCCACGCGGGAGAGGAGGAAGCGGCGGCGGCGGCGGCAAUGCUGACGUGCAUCGCGUGCUCCAAGCAGCUGGCCGGCGGGGCGCCGCCGCUGCGCGAGCCGCGCGAUGACGACGACGACGGCGGCGACGGCGUCGCAGUCGCCAGAGGCGCCGGCGAGUGCGCCACGCCCAGCACGAGGCAGGCCAUCAAGGCGCUCACUGCCCAGAUCAAGGACAUGGCGCUGAAGGCGUCGGGCGCGUACCGGCACUGCAAGCCGUGCGCCGGCUCGUCGGCGGCGGCGGCGACGCGGCGGCACCACCCGUUCCACGCGUACGAGGACUCCGAGGUGGCCUCCGGGUCGGAGCGCUUCCACUACGCGUACCGGCGCGCCGGCAGCGGCGGUUGUGCCGUUUCGAGCGGCGAUGCCACCCCGUCGGUGAGCGCGCGCACCGACUUCCUGGUCGGGGAUGAGGAGGAGGAGGAGACGGCGGCGGGCGGCAGCGACGACGAGGAGGCGAAGGAGUGGGUCGCCCAGGUGGAGCCCGGUGUGCUCAUCACCUUCUUCUCGCUGCCGCAGGGCGGCAACGACCUCAAGCGGAUCCGAUUCAGCCGUGAGAUGUUCAACAAAUGGCAAGCACAAAGAUGGUGGGCCGAAAAUUAUGAGAAAGUCAUGGAGCUUUACAACGUUCAGAGGUUUAACCAGCAAACUCCCCUCCCUACUACUCCAAAUUCUGAAGAUGAGGUCAUACAGAGCUUGAAGGAGGACAGGCCAGCAACACCACCUCUAAACAAUGAACGUUUACCCCACACAUUGCACAGAUCACUAACUGCUGGUAGAACAAUCGGGUAUUCGCGAUCAGAUUGUCUUUUGCAUGAGCACAACCUUGGUAAUGGUCAUUGUCGACAGCGCCAUCACCAACAUACUGGACACCAGUGCUGUGCUUCAGUUGGGCUGGCAUCAACCCCCAAGUUAUCAAGCAUAAGUGGAGCAAAGCCAGAAACUUCAUCGAUGGAUGCAUCAAUGAGGACAAGCUCAUCUCCUGAAGAGGUGGAUCGAUCUGGUGAACUUUCAGUCUCUGUUAGCAAUGCAAGUGACCAAGAGAGGGAAUGGGUAGAAGAGGAUGAACCUGGUGUAUACAUCACCAUUCGGGCUUUGCCUGGUGGUAUCAGAGAGCUCCGACGUGUCCGGUUCAGCCGGGAGAGAUUCAGCGAAAUGAACGCCAGGUUAUGGUGGGAGGAGAACCGGGCGAGGAUACAUGAUCAGUAUCUCUAAAAAGAAAUGCCAACUACGUUUCAGCACAUUCUUUACCAGUUCAGUUCGUUGCAAUUUGGGCAUCUGAGUGCAUCACUUUCAGCGGUGCAGCUGGAUAAUUAAUUGUCUUGCGGACACCUUCAGAUUCGAAGUGCUUCUUCCUUGACCUUCCUCCGGCUCCAUGUACAUCAAACACUAACAUCGUAUCACCAGGAAUUGUUCCCAGCCUGCGCAACAGUAGCCCGAGGAACAGUGCUUGCAUGUGUGAACUUUUAGGGUUCAUUCUUGAUGUCUCCAGCUUAUGCGGUAAUCCGCGUGUUUCUCUUCAAUGCAUUGCCACAAAUUUUACUAUACAGUUUGAUAUAACUGCGAGAUGAUUUAGUUCGCAGAGAAAAAUAGAAAAAAAAAAGCCCUUUUAGAAAGCAAAGGCGUUCAUGCCAUUUGCUGAUGAUGCAGAUUCUGGCUUCUCUUUCUGAAGAGCUAAUGCCAUGUGUUUCAUAGUAGUAGUUGCUUUAUCCUCGUAUUUUUCAUAAUCUUACAGAUUGACAACUGACAAAAUGAAAUCUGCA